AUGAAUUUUUUUCUUUUAUUUCCAUUUUUGUUGAUUAAUUUUUGUUAUUUCACAAACGGUGAAAAAUCAACAAUUGAACAAUGCGACACUGUGAUGGAAUAUCGUGUAGAUGAUUCUUGCAUAUGUACAAAGGAUAAUUUAAUUAAAUGUCUAAAGACAUUAAUAACUGAAGGAACGUGUACAAAAGAAAAUUAUCCUAUGAAUUUUAUUGAAAGACCGUGUUCUAAAAUGUAUUCAAAAUGUUCUUCGCCGAAAGAUGAAUGUGUAUGUAAUUGGGGCCUGUGCUUGUUUUGA